AUGUUCGACAAGGCAAACCUGGCAAGGGUUAGGGAUCUGCUAUUUACUGUUCUGCACCGCACGUUUUCCUUCUGUCGGUAUCUGUUUGCCGCUGCCGAAUAUGGCAGCCAAGUAUUGACUCCUCCUAUAGAGAUUUCUCAAUACUUUGGUAAUACUAGUACAAAGAAUGGCAUUUCCUAUUACUUUCAACGCAACAUCGUUCCCAAUGCCAAGGCUUUCCUAGAAGCCCGUAAGCAGGGUGAAGACACCACGAAUGUCAUCAUGGUUGAGAAUGUUCGAGACGGAAAACCUGGCAAGGAGAUUACGAAAUGCUACGACAGCGGCAUGAAAUCCCACACACUCUAUGCCCAUGUCUGGGGCAAGGUCAAACCCAUGACUAAAGCCAUCUCCGAAGCACGCGAACGGGGCGAUAAUCCCAUGGAUAUUUCCUUGACCGCUGGACUUCAAGAAGGGGGGCCUGAAAAGGGUUAG